AUGCGUUCAUUCCUUUUCUUAGCUGGCCUUCUCGGCACAGCUUUUGCCGCUCCUUUCCAAUCCUCCCAGUCCCUCAUUCGUCGUCAGGAUACUACACCAGAGGGCUUCAUUAGAGUAAACCCCGGCAAGAUCCAAGUCGGAGACGAUAACCUACUCAAUGGCACAUACGCGAAUAACAAAACACAAGUCUUCAACCGCAGAGCGGAACCUGCUUCGCUGCCUCUCAAGUUAGUAAACAACUUCAGUGGCGGGAACGUCCGAGCGUAUAUUUCAGGGCUGGACUCUGACGGGACAGUCGUUUUCAUCGGGCCUGAUGGAAAUUUAGUCUAUCCUAAAUCAGGCGGCUCGAAAGAACCCGUCGAGAUCAAGGAGAACAUCGCCAUUCCUCUUCCACCCCAAGGACAAACCUUGGAUUUUACGAUUCCUAUUUCUAUGUCCUCUGGACGUGUUUACUUCGCCAACGAUGAUCUUCACUUCUUUACGGUCGAUAUCGGAAAUGGCGAUGGUCUGGUCCAGCCUUCUGUUACGAACCUCCAAGAUCCCAGUGCUGGUGUGGACUGGGGUUUUGUAGAACUCACCUUCACAAAUGGCGUUCUCUAUGCGAACAUCAGCUACGUCGACUUUGUUGGUAUUCCGCUUGGUAUGGGUCUUGCUCUCAAGGAUGGAAGCGAGCAGACGUGUCAAGGUCUUGAAUCUGGUGCUGUGGCCAAGAUCUGCGAUGAUCUUGUUAAACAGAAAGAUGCUGAUGGCCGGGCGUGGACCUUUAUGUGCAUUGCGAAUAAGGAGGGUAAACCUGUUCGUGUGCUUUCGCCUGGCAAUCAGUAUGACCUGGAACCGAUCAGCUUCGGGGACUACUGGGAUUCUUAUGUCAAUGAUGUCUGGGCGAAGUACACCAACCAGGAUCUCAUCAUCAACACACAGUCUGAAGCGGGCGAGGUCAAAUGUCGUGUCAAUGGUGAAGAACUUACCUGUGACGGCGACAACCGCGGCUACGCGAAGCCCAACACCAAGGACAUAUGGGGCUGCAACAGUGGACCUUUCACUGUGCAAGAAGGUGACAAUGGCGUCCAUGCCGCCGUUGUCCCUCGUCUUUGCGCCGCGUUCGUCAGGUCUACACUUCUCUCAGAUGGUGGUGAUAACACACCAAAGCUGGGACAAGAGAUGUACUACAAGAACGAUCCUACGAGCCACUACAGUCGGAUUGUGCAUUCUUACGAGGUUGAUGGAAAGGGUUAUGCUUUCCCGUACGAUGAUGUUAACCCGGACGGGAAUGAGAAUGCUUCAGGCGUUGUUUCGGGUGAACCUGAGACUUUGACGAUUUAUGUUGGCGGACCUUCUGCUUAG